AGUUGAGAAAUAUUGAUGAAACUUGGAUCAGGCAUACUGUAUACAUAUAUAUGUCUGGUUUUGUUUUCCAGGUGUGAUGUAAAUUUGGUUAACAAAACUGGACAGACUGCUCAAGAUAUAGCUGUUUUCUGGGACCAAAAAAACACUGUCAACAUGUUGACCGAUUUCAUUAGAAAGGAAAAUCCUGACAAACAACAGCGUAAUUACUUCUCUCUGAACAACUUGGAUCGCAUGGCUGAGAACCGAAAGGACAGCUGCUGGCUUGAAUCCAAAUUAAAGGAAGAAACCACUAGAUUUAUUGUGUUUUCAGACCUUAAACCGCUGGUUGUUUCUAGUCAUGAUUCUGCCAAGAGAUACAAGUACACACUGGUUCGUCUAGCCCACAGGGAUAUAGAAUUUCAGCUGAAAACCAAUCCACUUCUCGUUUUCCUAGGAGUAGAAAUGUAUAAUCCUUCUAAAGAUGACAGCUCUGAAGAAAAUGUUGUUAGUCAGGCAUUAUUUGCUCUUGAUGUAACAAAUACAGACGAAUCAAAAUUCAAGACUCUGGUUAACGAGGCAGAAUUUAUUACAAGCUAUCCUGCAUCAAUGCAGUUGGAGCCAAGCGAUGCUGGGAUUUUUGCAGAGGCUCGCUCGAUGUUGGACUGGCUAGACCGCUAUAAGUUCUGUGCUACCUGUGGAAGUUCUACUACAGUGACGGAGGGGGGAUAUAAACGCACCUGUGAUGACAAAUCAUGCCGCACAAACAAAGGUAUUCACAACACAUGCUACCCUCGUACUGACCCAUCUGUGAUCAUGCUGGUUGUCUCCCCUGAUAAGAAGAGAUGCCUGCUGGGAAGGAAGAAACAAUUUCCUGCCAAGAUGUACUCCUGUCUUGCUGGAUUCAUGGAACCAGGUGAGACAAUUGAGGAUACCUGUCGACGAGAGGUAUAUGAGGAGAGUGGUGUGCGGGUUGGUCGAGUUGAUUAUCAUUCCUCACAGCCGUGGCCCUUCCCUUGCUCUCUCAUGUUAGGAUGUAUCGCACUUGCUACCUCUGAAAACAUUAAGAUUGAUAAUGAUGAGAUGGAAGAUGUACAGUGGUUUCAGCGAUCUGAGUUAGUCCAGAUGCUUACAAGACAACAUCCUCAGGGACUGUUUGUCCCCCCAGAUCAGGCUAUCGCACAUCAGAUUAUCAAGGCCUGGGUCAGGAUGACAGCAAACCUUUAAUUUAUUUCAUACAACGCUUGUCAAAGGUGCUUAAAACUGACAUAUGGUGUGUGGAAUAGUGUUUUGUUAGCGAACAAAUUUUCAUUCAGGAAUCCUGAAGGAGCCAAUUGGAAAAUGUAAAUGUGAAUCAAUUUUGAAGAUUGAAAGAUUGUGUAAUUUUAGUAUUGAAAGGUUAUAUGUUUAAUUGGAGUGUGUGAAAUGUCAGUUUGAUACAAUGAUUGGAAAAUUAUUUUUUGAAAUCAGACAAGGGGGUGGAGGGAUAAAAAUGUUGAUUUGAUCCGAUUGAAAGGUAAUAUUUUGAGUGAAGUUUAUAAAGGUUACAUUAACUGUCAGUAUUGACAGCCAGAUACACUUAAUUUUGAUUCAAUGAUGUUAUUUCAAUUUACAUCUAAAUCACUGACCUGUCGAACGUAUGGUAACAUAAUAUGUUACUACCAGGAAUAAUAUAUAGAUUAAUGCUACCUGGAAACAUUUUAACUAUAUACUGUAUUUGACCUAAUAAGGGCGCCCGCCCUAAUAAAGGCGCCCCUACCUUUUUUCAAGGAAAUAAAUCUUUGACUGAGUGUCAAAAUGGUG